AUGGGGAGAGCUCCUUGCUGCGACAAAUCCAGCGUAAAGAAAGGGCCAUGGUCGCCCGACGAAGAUGCCCAACUCAAGUCCUACAUUGAGCAGCAUGGCACCGGCGGCAACUGGAUCGCCUUGCCCCAGAAGAUAGGCCUUAAGAGAUGCGGGAAGAGCUGCCGCCUGAGAUGGUUAAACUAUCUUCGACCAAACAUUAAGCAUGGAGGGUUCUCAGAGGAGGAAGAUAACCUCAUUUGCAGCCUUUACAUAAGUAUUGGAAGCAGGUGGUCUGUCAUUGCUGCGCAAUUGCCAGGGCGAACCGAUAAUGAUAUUAAGAAUUACUGGAACACAAGGCUGAAGAAGAAGCUGCUGGGCAGGCAGCGAAAGGAGCAACACUCUCAGAAAUCAAACUGCAUCAAUCAAGACACAAAGAGAGAGAAUGGUUUUUUCAUGAUUACUAGUACUGCUUCUGAAGAAACCAUGAACCAAGACCUCAACUGGCCUGAUCAUCAACAGAUUUGGGCGAGUACUAGUACUAUAACUAAUCCGAACCGAGAAGAUUCUAAUAAUCAGAGGGACCAAGAACCAGUACUCUACGAAUUGCAAAUCAAGACAGAAGAAGGAAGAUUGUUUUCUGAUGAUCAUUAUUUGCAUCCAAACAGGCAAAGCAGCACAAAUUUUCAAUACCCUUUUGAUAUUUCGUCCACCCGCUGCAACCGAUUAUACGAGCUUGCUUCAGCAUCCGUGGAUUCCAUCGAUUGCACUCUUCCCCAGUUGCCAAGCACCCACUAUGAUGUCAAUGGGGCUGUUCCUCCAGACAUGAUUCAUCAAGCUGGGCUAGACUGCAACUUUCCUUUGGAGCUGGAUCAUGACCUGGUCUAUGGCAAUCCACAACAAUUGGAGGGAAUGGAGAUAAGUACUUCUGCUGAAAGUACCAGCUGGGAAGAUAUAGGUUCACUGGUUUAUCAUCCUCCUAUGCUCUCCAUCAAUUAUGAAGCUCAUCAUCAGGAAGAAAUGCUACAAGAUUCUGCCUUCGAAGAUCAGUCCCGGUACUACGGGCUGCAGUAG